CUCCUCACUCGUGAACCUAAACAGGGGCAGCCUCAAAGCUAUUUAUGGGUGCUGUAGUUGACAGUAAAGCUACAUUGCCGUAGACACUCACUGCAGAAGACGCCAUCUUCAACUACAAUACCCAAACACGGCACUGACAGUCCGACUGAACAGCGUUGGUUAUCCGGGGAUAUCGCUUUGCUGCUGUGCUUCACCAACCUAUUUCACUCUCUCCUCUUCCUGCGGAUUGACACAGUACCGUUGAAAAAAGCCAAACAAAACAAAAAAAUUAAAGCCAAAAAAUAUGGCGGAGCUUGGAGCGGGGAGCCUACAAGUGGGGGACCCUGCAUUUAAUUACCAGGAGCGAGAACUAAAUGAGCGCUUGAAGCGGCUCUACCCGGCCGUGAAUGAGGAAGAGACCCCCUUACCCCGAUCUUGGAGCCCCAAGGAUAAAUACAGCUACAUCGGGCUCUCACAGAACAAUCUGCGGGUGCAUUACAAAGGUCAUGGAAAGAACCACAAGGACGCGGCUUCAGUGCGGGCCACACACCCAAUCCCAGCUGCCUGUGGAAUCUACUACUUCGAAGUGAAGAUCGUCAGCAAGGGGCGGGACGGAUACAUGGGGAUCGGCUUGUCAGCCCAGGGGGUCAACAUGAACCGACUGCCAGGUUGGGACAAACAUUCAUACGGUUACCACGGCGACGACGGACACUCCUUCUGCUCCUCAGGGACUGGCCAGCCCUAUGGCCCCACGUUCACGACAGGAGAUGUGAUUGGCUGCUGUGUGAAUCUCAUUAACAACACCUGUUUCUACACCAAGAAUGGACACAGUUUGGGUGUUGCAUUCACAGACCUUCCUCCGAACCUGUACCCCACGGUGGGGCUGCAGACCCCGGGGGAGAUAGUGGACGCUAACUUCGGCCAGCAGCCCUUCGUGUUCGACAUCGAGGACUACAUGAGCGAGUGGAGAGCCAAGAUCCACGGCAUGAUCGCCCGCUUCCCCAUCGGAGAGAGGCUGGCCGAGUGGCAGGCUGUGCUGCAGAAUAUGGUGUCCAGUUACCUGGUGCAUCAUGGGUACUGUGCCACGGCGACGGCCUUCGCGAGAGCCACGGAGACCAUGAUCCAGGAAGAGCAGACAUCGAUAAAGAACCGACAGAGAAUACAGAAGCUGGUGUUAGCAGGCCGGGUUGGAGAAGCUAUCGACGCCACACAGCAGCUCUACCCCGGACUCCUAGAGCACAACCCCAAUUUACUCUUCAUGUUGAAGUGUCGGCAGUUUGUGGAGAUGGUGAAUGGUUCAGACAGUGAGGUGCGCUGCUUCAGUAACCGUUCACCCAAGUCCCAGGACAGCUACCCCGGAUCCCCCAGCCUGAGCCCCCGGCACGGAGCCACCAACCCCCACCUGCACAGCACAGGAGCAGACAGCCCCACCUGCAGUAACGGGGUCACCCCUAGCAAGAACAAGAGCCACAACAAAUACCCUGGUGUCAGCUCCACUUCCUCCUCCUCCUCUUCCUCCCCCUCCUCCGUCAACUACUCCGAGUCCAACUCCACCGACUCCACCAAGUCCCAGCCUCACAGCGGAACCAGCAACCAGGAGACCAGCGACAGUGAGAUGGAGAUCGAGGGGGAGCAUUACAGUAACGGGGUGGCAGAGACCUCUCCAGCCAGGAUCAUGAACGGCACGUACAAACACGAGGAGAUCCUGCAGACAGACGACAACAGCCUGGGGAACGGAGUGACAGAGGACAGCUGCGCCCCCAGGCAGUUGUGUGGCGGGAACCAGGCGGCGACGGAGAGGAUGAUCCAGUUCGGCCGAGAACUCCAGGCGCUCAACGAGCAGCUGUGCCGGGAGUACGGCAAGAACGCCACUCACAAGAAGAUGCUGCAGGAUGCGUUCAGUCUCUUAGCGUAUGCGGACCCCUGGAACUGCCCAGUUGGACAGCAGCUUGACCCCAUGCAGAGAGAGUCCAUCUGCUCUGCCCUCAACAGUGCCAUACUGGAGUCACAGAACCUGCCCAAACAGCCCCCCUUGAUGCUGGCCCUGGGGCAGGCCACCGAGUGCGUGCAGCUGAUGGCCCGGGUGCGGUCUGGCUCCUGCUCCUUCGCCAGAAUCGACAACUUUUUGCACUAGCCGCCGCCAAGGCAAUGUACAGGACAGCUAAGAAGAGGACUUUCCAGUUUGUGGCCAUGGUAUCAGAGGAGCGCAUGAGUUUUGAUUGGUGUGCUGUUUGCAAUUGGUGGAAACAUUUGGAGGGGGACAUACAAGAGAGAAAGGCUUCUUUUUUUAAUUUAGUAUUAUCAAAUACAGAUUGUGUGACACUAUUUAAAGAUAAUUAUUAUUCUGUUUAGUCUUUAUUUUUAGUUUUUAUUUUGUUGUUGUGCUCAUCUUGGGAAAAAAUCUAGUUCCUUUUGUUUUUAAGGGUGGAAUGAAAUUCCCCAAAUAAUAUUUUAAAUUUGUGUAUGCCAUAUUAAAGAUACAGCUAAUAAGGUGUAUACAUCAUUGUAAUGAAGCAAGAUAUUUUGGUUUCUCUCACUCAGAACUCAGGUAAACACAAUGCAUAUGUCAUUUCAAAAUGGAAUGUUGCUGAAAUUAAUUUAGUUCUACCAGCAGUCCUUUGGCUAUUGAGUCUGUCCAGGCUUCUAUGAUUUUUCCCUUCUGAAUCAUUUAGAUUUUUUCUUUUUUGGGGGGAGAGAGUCUGAAAAGAUGUGGUGUUGUGUUUUCUGGCAGGUUGUCCUCGCCGCUGAUGUUUAUCGAUUAAAAGCUAACAAACAAAGGCCGAAAAGCGCUUCAGUGAAUAUGCAUGGCUACCAGCUCACCCGCUAUCGUCUCGACAUCGCGCUAGCGCUCCGCAGCGACGAGCAUCAGACCGCCAGUGCUUCGUUAUCGUGGAUCCGUUUUGCGUGUUCUGUUUUCGAGAUAAGUGGAGUACCUCAAAACCUGAAGUAUAAAAUGAAAUGUAUCAAAUGAAAGAAAAACAACAGCGAAAAAUGCAUUUUAGACGUGACUGCCGGUUGAGACGCUGAAGUCUAAUGCACCUGGCUACUGUUACCUUGCUGUUGAUCCCUAGCACCAUCUACAGCUUUAAGUCUUAAGGUCCAUCGAGGGCCUUUUAGUGCCAGUGAGUGUGAGCGGGUUAAUUAACUGAGAAAUAUAUUUAAAUAGAGGGAGAUUUUAAUUGUUUUUUUAUUAUUAUUAUUAUUAUUUUUUUUUUAUAUAUAUGAACAGCAUUGAAAAAUAAACACAAUGAAAAUGUAUUUUCCCAACCUUUUGGCUGAACCAGUGGGAGCUACUUACUGGAAUAUCCAUUCACAGAAACUAGUGAUUCCCAUCAUUCAGCUAAAUAUGUGGGUAUAUCAAUGAUGGGCCUGUUGCCUAGGAGAUUAACAAUAUAUUAAUAGACCAGCAAUAUAGAGCUUGGAAAGGACUUAUAUUUGAUAAACUACUAACAUUGAGUGUGUUAGCAUUUCAUUAGGUAACAAACAACAGGAAAAACGAGUAAAGCUCCCCCCCUCCUUUCUCGUGCUCGCUCUCUCUCUUUGUGAAGAAGGGCUGUGUAUCUCCAUUUCAUUUUUGAGUGGAGGCUCUUGCCACAGGGUGCUUGCACUGCAUGCUGGGAAACGUAGUCAAUCAUACGUGGUCCUGUUGUGGUUCUAGCUCUGUUGUGCGGUAGUUCUUGCUUUUCAUUUCUUCUUUAUUUUUCCUCGGUUGUAAAAUAACCCUGAAUCGUUAAGGACCAGGAGAAAUAACAUGCCAAAUAUCACUGCUUACUCAUACUGUGAUGAUGAUGACUUUUUAACAUCUUAUUUCUCUAAUUAUACUUCUUGAACCUGCUUAGAGAGGACAAACCAUUAUAGUUAUAUAAAAUAAGAUGGAUUAUCUCAUUUUCCCAAAUGAAGAAUACCAUGACAAUGUGCAUUUUGGGUACUGCGCUGUUCCAUGUUAAGUCAUAGAGUUCCUCAAUCUGAUGUAGCCAUUGAAAGUAAGCAUGGAAGGGAAUGUGAGCAGCAGGCAGUCCUGAUGGACAGGAGUUCCAUGUUCCAAAUCUGUGGCAGAAACUGACAUCAUUUAAAUCGGGGGUUUAUGAAUGCGAGGUCCUUCCUGGAAGCCAUAUUGACAAAUCCAAAAUAUAAGCAGUGUCUUCUGCACAGCAAGGAUUUUGCUCUUUGUAAACCUUUGGCACACUAGUUUAUCAUAUAACAGUGCUUCCCCUUGCUCUCUCUCUCCCUCUCCCUCUCCCUCGCACCAUGCCCCAUGCUUCCUUGAGGCUGAGCUGUGUGACUCUGUACCUGCCUCUGUCUCUCUCGCUUGGCCUGCUUUAGAAGCAGCUGCACUAAUUCAUUAACUCUGACCCAGCCACUGUGAUAAUAUGUGGCUACGGAUAUCAUUGGUUUUGUUCAUUAUUUUUAAACGAAUUAUUCCAUUGCAUUUUUCCCCCGUAUGUUCUUUACUACUAACUUGCUAUAACCGCUAGUAUGUGGGUCAGUUGUCACAGAUAAUUGGCAGAUGGUGCUGUACUGUGUUUUGAAUAUACUUCGGCAGUAUAGCUUUGUUCCUUUUGAAAUGCAGCCAGCCUUCAUGAGAUUGUUUGCCCAUAUCCCCUUCAGAGGUGUUGAUCUAGUUCAUUUCUGCUCCUGACCCCUAACACACUGUACAAGGUAGAGUAGGGGGAGAGUGAAAUGUGCAGUCUGCAGUGUCACUCAGAACAUUUUUGCUGAAGGGCAUGAUGGGAGGUGUAGUCCAGAGAUAGUCUAAGCAUAUUCCGGAAUGUCGUGCCCAUGUUUUCCUUCCUCCUUUUAUGGAACUGCUGAGCUGGUGAAUGCCCUGUUCCACUGGGAAGAGUACAGGAAUCAAUCAGCUGGCUAUUUAAUAGAUUUUGAAAGACUAAUUGUGUGAUUUAACUUGAGUAGAGCAGCUCCUAUAAGGCCACUAUUAUGCCGUGGGAUUACUGCAGUAUAUAUAUUUCUUAACACUGUAGCACAGUGCAUCAAUGUGACACCAGCCAUUAAUUGGUAAUAAUACCAUGUACCCAACCUGUCUGCUCUUUCUUGUGUUUGUCAAUUCAAAUCAUGCAGUAUAGAGAGCAGAGAAGUGUAUUUGAUGGUGACUAUGAUAAUGUUGUAAAGAAAUCAUGCAAACCGGUAUUUCAGUAAAAUUGUCCGACUGUUCAUUGAACAGUUCUUCUCUGCUACUGUGCCUGUUUCAACGCACCUAAUGGUGCCACAUGUUACAGAGGGCGUUUUGUAGGUUUAAAAGACUGCUCAAAAAUUUAAAUAGGCAAAUCAAAUCUUUGAAUGCAUAGUCAACUCAUAAUUUAGCCACUUGUAAUGUUAUUUGACAUUUUCAAAAGAUGGAAUUUUAAGGAUCCAGUUGUCUGAUUUAAACUGCCUGAGAGAUGAGAGCCAAACAGUAGGGGGAAAUUUGUGUUUUUGUAAAACAGGUGAGGCUCCAACACCUGGAGACCUCCCCUUCCCCCUCCCAAGCAGCCAUACUUUCAAAUUGUCUCAAUAUCUUAAGAUUUUUAUUUUAUUGGGGUUUUUUUGUUGUUGAAGUGAAGUCAAGUACACUUCAUAUACACCCCCAAAAUAGCAGGGGAAACAAAAUUAGAUUCAUUAAAUAUAUAUAUAUAUAUACAAGUUGUGCACAAUUAAUUUUAUUAUGAUUUGAAUUUUAUUUGAGUUUGAUUUUAGUAUUUGUGAAAUAAGUUACCCUCUCUACUUAGCAUGAACCUUUGAAAACCUUUAAAACAAAAUAAAAAAAGAAAAACAUAAUUAUGAAAAAAAAAAAUAACUAUGUACUGGAAAUAUGGUAAAGAAAUAUUGUAUUCUGUUGUAUUUUGACAGAAUUAUUUUUAUUAAAAUACACAUCCAUGUGCAAAUUA